AUGCCGGACAAAGUCAUCCCCGUGGUUGUUGGUGUGGACAUUGGCGGGACCAACACGGACGCCGUGCUGAUCCACAGACAGUCGGAGGUACCCCAAGUGCUCGCUGCCGUCAAAGAGCUGACCACCAGUGACGUCAUCACGGGCGUGAAAAAGGCGGUUCUGCGAUGUCUUCUUGAAGCAACUAGCCAGGACAAAAGCGUAUCUCCAAUUCAAGUAAACAUCGGAACCACUCAUUUCGUCAACGCCGUGGUUCAGAAAAAGGACCUGGCCAAAGUGGCAGUCGUGAGAAUUUGUGGGCCAGUUUCCGAAGAGCUACCUCCGUUCUGCGACUUCCCCACAGAACUGGCAGACGUCAUCCGUGGUCCCGUUUACCUCAUUCAUGGCGGCUAUCGAUUCGAUGGCCAGGAACGGGAGAAAUUGGAUACUGAACAGCUCAAGAAUGUCCUUCGAGAGAUUCAGAAAGACGGUAUUACAAACAUUGCCUAUGUGGGCAUCUUUUCGCCGGUCAGGAGUGAUCAAGAGAUUCGUGCCCGGGAAAUCACCAAAGAAGUAUAUCCCAAAGCCACGGUUUCCUUAUCUCAUGAGAUUGGCCACAUUGGACUUCUGGAGCGAGAAAAUGCUACAAUUUUAAAUGAAAGCCUAAAGCCGUUAUGCAAGAAAACCGUAAGCGGGUUCCAGAAGGCACUCAGUGAGAUCGGAAUUUGCUGUCCUUUCUAUCUGACACAAAACGACGGAACAAUUAUCAGUAGCAAGGAUGUAUUGGAGCAGCCGGUGCUGACCUUUGCGUCAGGACCAACUAACAGCAUGCGAGGCGCCGCCUUUCUGUCGGAACUGACAGAUGCUAUAGUCGUGGACAUUGGAGGCACAACCACUGAUGUUGGCAUUCUAAAGAACGGGUUUCCUAGAGAAGCGUCCACUCACGUCAAGGUGGCGGGAGUUCGGACUAACUUCCGAAUGCCAGAUGUAGUCAGCAUCGGGUUAGGAGGUGGGUCUUAUAUUAAACAGUACAACGGAAAGAGUGGUGCCCUUGAGAAAGUCACAGUAGGGCCCUUGAGCGCCGGACUUAAUUUAGUGCAAGAAGCAUUUGUUUUCAGCGAUGGCCAUGACCUUGAUGACAGACAGUUAACUGCGACAGACGUGGCUGUAGCUUCGGGAUUGUGCCAUCUUGGAUCUUCCGAAAGAGUGAAAGACUUAAACAGUGAAUUGGUGAUGAAAGCUGUCGAUAAAAUACACUUAAUGUUGGAAGACAUUAUUGAUAAGAUCAAGCUUAGUAAAGAGGAACUUCCAGUCAUUAUCGUUGGAGGAGGAUCCGUAUUGAUUGAUCGCACCAGAAAACUCUACGGAACCACAAAAAUAAUUGUGCCGCAACAUUUCGGAGUAGCGAAUGCUAUCGGAGCAGCUUUGAGCAAAGUCGCGGCGGUUAUAAACACUGUGGUAAACCUUCUAAAAACUGUAGACGUUGCAGAGAUGGACAGAAGAGUUCAAGAAGCUGUACGAUCUGUGACUGACGAUCCUGAUGGGAAGAAAAAAGACUUGGCUAUUAACGAAGCUAGGAAACCGUUCCUGAUAAAGGCUCGAGAUGAAGCCAUAGAGAAGGUCUGCAGUCGGGUCAAGGACAUGGCUGUCAGACAAGGUGCUGACACAAACAGCCUCGAAAUUCUAGAGAAACAAGAUUCGGUUGUGGCUUACGUGCCCGGAAGUGCAGUGCAGAUCAAGGUGAAAGUUGUGGGGGAUCUCGUUGGCUGGGAAUCAAAGUUAGAGAGUUUGUCGCCAUGGUCAUCAUUGCCGCAUUGUAAUUCCAUUUUUGAACAGCAAAACUUAGUGUUAACAAAACAAACUUUCUCCUCAACUGGACAGAGAAUUGACAAAUAUUCUGACAUAGACUUCGACAAAGACUACAGACAGCGACCACAGAACCCGUUUGUGGACCCAGUCACGGGCGAGUGGAUACUGUCCGAAUGGGACAUUGAAUGCAUUGUGGUUGGUUCCGGGAUCUACGGAACUGGAGGCGGUGGCAAUCCACAGAUGGGCAGAAUACGAGCACUAAAAGCUAUCGGAGAGGGUAAGAAAAUCAGAGUCAUCACUCCGGAAAGAUUACUUCAGGAUGUUGAUCCCGAUAAAAGUAUAGUGAUAGUGUCUGCUUUCAUUGGGGCUCCGCUGAUAAUGUACGAGCAAGGGGUGUCGUCGAAAGAGACCACUGUUGCUCUUCAAUGUCUGAAGGAUGCUUAUGAAGUUGGAGGGUUCCACGAGGCCAGUCUUCGCAACACAGACGGGGCAACUGUAGAAACUAACGAAGCUGGCUGUCAGUUUGUUAAGAAUUACCAGCCUAAAGAUCAAGCCACUUCUGGAAAUGAGAUUAUAGCGCUAAUGUCGGCAGAAAUUGGAGGACUGAAUGCGAUAGAGCCGUUUCUGAUUGCAGCCAAUCUAGAUCUUCCUGUAGUUGAUGGAGACGGGAUGAGCAGAGCUUUUCCAGAGGUUCAGAUGUUUAUACCCUACAUGUUCGACAAGCCACCAUACCCGGCAGCCAUUGUUGGCAGCGGAAAUUGCGAUAUAAGGACCACACUUCUGUAUGCGCCAAAUGGGAAACUGCUAGAGAACUUCCUUAGGGAUGUAUCCAUAGAGAAUGGAUGCUCUGCGGGACUAGCCAUUCCGCUGAAGAAAGAUGAAGUAUUAAACAAGACCGCUUUGCACACAGUUAGCAGUGCAUGGAGGCUAGGGGAUGCCAUUCUUCGUGCCAGACUUCAGAAGGAAUCUGUCAUUGAGGCUAUAAUUCGACAAGAGGACGGUCGACACAUUAUAACCGGAAAAGUUACUGACGUAGCGCGGGAAACCAGUGGCGGUUUCAAUAGAGGCUAUUUGAUACUAGAAGGCGUUGAUGAUUGGUUGGGACAAGACCUUCGUAUCGACUUUCAGAACGAAAAUUUGGUUAUUAUACUGUUCAAAAAUGGAUCGCGAGUGGGAUGCUUGGGCAGUGUUCCCGAUCUUAUCUGCGUUGUGGAUUCUGAUACAGCAGAACCAAUCACCACAGAAGAGGUCAGGUACGGGAUGAGGGUAGCAGUUCUGCUGCUGCCCUCGCAUGACCUGCUUCGACGACCUGAAUCGUUGCGAUGGGUGGGACCACACGCUUUUCACUAUGAUGAUAUAGAGUUUAAACCUUUCAAACACAGAACCACCAAAACGCCAAUACCUUACUUGUAA